AUGGCACUUGAAGCUCAUGGAAUUGACCACCCUUCAAGCUCUUUUAGUUCGGCUAGGAGGUGGAAGUAUCAUGUCUUCUUGAGUUUUCGAGGAGAAGACACUUGUAGAAGCUUUACAAAUCACUUGUAUUGUGCUUUACAACGCAAUGGAAUCAUAGCUUUCAAUGAUGACGAAGAACUUGAGAGGGGAGAAGUUAUUAAACCAAGUCUGCUUCGAGCAAUUGAAGAAUCUCUUUCUGCAAUUGUUGUUCUUUCUCCAAAUUAUGCUUCUUCAACUUGGUGCCUGGAUGAGCUCUCAAAGAUUCUCCAUUCUAAGAAAGAGUCAGGUCUUUAUGUAUUUCCAAUAUUUUAUGGUGUGGAUCCAUCUGAUGUUGAACAUCAGAGAGGAAGUUUUGCAGAAGCGUUUAAAAAGCAUGAAGAAAUAUUUACACGAGAUGAAAUGAAGGUGCAAAAUUGGAGGGAUGCUUUAAAAGAAGUUGCUAACUUAUCUGGCUGGCACGCUGACAAUUGUGGCCUUUCUUUGGCACUCAAAGUGUUGGGUUCUUUUUUGUGUGGAAGAACUAUAGAGAAAUGGAAGGAUGCGCUUGCUAAGUUGAAGAAGGUUCCUCCAAAUAACAUUUUGAAGAUACUUAAGGUGAGUUUUGAUGAAUUAGAUCAUAGGGAAAAGACUAUAUUCUUGGAUAUUGCUUGCUUUUUCAAUGGAAUGGCCAAAGGCCCUCUCAUACAAAUUUUAGAAAUUUUGGAUGAGGAUCUUCACCCAACAAUUGGAAUAGAUGUUCUUAUUGACAAAUCACUAGUAAUCAAUUCAGAAGGGUAUUUGUGGGUGCCCCAUAUACUUCGAGACAUGGGUAAAUAUAUAGUCUCUCAAGCAUCACCUAAUGAUGCUGGCAAGCAUUCUAGGAUAUUGUCUUUGAAGGAUGCCAAUGAUGUAUUAGAAGGAAAUAAGGGGACAGGAGCAAUUCGGGGUAUACCCAUAAUAGUAGACGAAACAUUUAAUGCACUUGGGAAUCCUGACGCCUUCUUAAGGAUGAUCAAUCUCAAAUUACUUGUCAUUUCAAGCUGCUCACAUAUUUCUCAUUGUCAAUUGAAUCUUUCACGUGGAAUUAAGUCCCUUCCCAAUGGGCUGAAACUCUUAGCAUGGGAUGGGUAUCCUUUAGAUUCUUUGCCCAAUCAAACAAAAUUCCAUGAACUUCUUGUUCUAAAAAUGCAACAUAGCAAGUUAAAAGAACUUUGGAGGGGAGCACGGAAGGGUGUUCUAAACUGGUUGAAGUUACACCAGUCUCUUGGGCAACAUAAGAAUCUUGUUAUUGUUAAUUUGAAAGGCUGCAAAAAAGUUAGAACCCUUCCAAGAAAAUUUGAGAUGGAUCGCUUAAAGAUUUUUGUUCUACCCGGUUGUUCAAAAAUUAGAAAACUUCCUGAGUUUGAAAAGGAUAUGAAAUGUCUCUCUACACUUGAUUUAGAGAACAAUGCUAUAUCCAAACUACCUGAAUCAUUGGGCAAUUUGAUUGGUCUUGUUGAAUUAAAUUUGACGGGUUGCACAAAUCUUGUUUGGCCUCCAAAUAAUGUUCAUAAAUUCAUAGCCAGGAAGAUUAUCAAAAUUUCUGGUUGGUCUAACCUUUCAAGGAUGCCAGAGGAUUUGAAUGAAAAUGGGACUUUGGAAGUGCUUGAUGUGGGUCGAAUUUCUUCAUCAUCAUGGAGUUGUGUGUCCCUUCUCAGGAAGUCAUUUGGGCUUCAAGGGCCUUUAAGCUCAACAAAUUUUAUGGUACCCAUUUCUUUAUCAUUCUUGAGCCAAUUAAAUUUAGGUUAUUGCAAACUUCAUGAUGGAUCACUUCCAGAUGACAUAAGCAUGUUAUCAUCAUUGACACAUUCAAUUUUAAGUGGAAACAAUUUCAUUGACUUACCAUCUCGCCUCAUUUCCAAUCUUUCCAAGCUUCUAUUUUUUGAUAUUGUUAAUUGCCCUACGUUUCGGUCCUUGCCACAACUUCCGUCAAAUCUAUCAACCAUUCUCGCAAGCGGUUGUCCAUCAAUGGAGCAUUACAUGUGUUCGCAGAAACUAUGGGAGUUCAUUGAAUCAUUCCAAUCUCAGGUUAUCAAUUUCAGCGACGGCUUUAUAGCUUGUUAUGAAGAACAUAAACCUGUCAUUUUAUUUCAGGAGUAUGGAAUCCUUACACAAGAUUUACAAAUUCCUGACUUCUUCAAGCAAUAUAGUCGUGUAUUGACAAUUCAAGGUAGUGAAGUGCCACCAUGGUUUCAUAAUCAAAACUAUUUUUGUGAGAAAGAAAUCAGUGAUCCAAAUGUGUCAUUCACAGCAAGCAUACCUGAAUAUUGUCAUUCAAGCGAAUGGGGGGGCACAGCCACAUGCUUAGUGUUAGAAAACGAUUUAGCAUCCUCACACCUUGACUUGGAGCACCCUGAGAUUAUGUUUGAUUAUCCAUCAACUCUGUGUUAUCUAUGCUUGUUGUUCCUCUUUGGCUGCAAACCAACUUCAAAUGGUAUUUUUGGUGACUGA